GACUGAUGUGCGGUGCCUGAAUAAGCGGAGCAGGCAGGCCCCAACAUGUUUUUCUUUUGAAAAAAAAAGGUGCACGCGCUAAACAAGUAUUCAUCAUCUUUUUUUAUAAGUCUCAAAAAUGUCCAAUAUUAAAAUGUUAAACAAGAAGGAGGAGACCGAUGGUGAUGUGGAGGUUUCCUGGGUUGACCAACAAAGAAUCAAUGAAUUCAGUAAAUAUAACGCAAAGAUUGAUGAUCUCGAAGAUCAAUAUGAAAAAGUCAAGCAAGAAAAGGAAUACUUGGAUGACGUUGCCAUGGAAUUAGAGUUGGCCGAUGAGGAUGAACAUGUGCGUUACAAGGUCGGUGAUGCUUUUGUGCAUGUGACUGCAGCCGAAGCCAUUGAAAAGGUGGAAAAGGAAUCCGAGAAAUUAAACCUGCGAUUAGAAGAUGUCAAGCAUCAAAUUACAAUUGUUCAAGGCAAGAUGGAAGGGUUAAAAAAGGAAUUGUACGCCAAGUUCGGCAAUGCCAUCAACUUGGAGAAAGAAUAAACUUUUACUUUUUAUUAUUAUAAU